AUGCCACCAAUUAAUUUAUAUAAUACAGAUGUGGUAUACUUGAAAAAAUCCAUAAAAAAUGAUUUAAAAAUUGAUAAUUUUCUGGUCAAAGAACUUAAUGAUAACCACGCGGUAAUUUACACUAAAAGCUUAGUAGAUUACAAAAACAUUUGUGACAUGCUUACAAAAACUGAGGCUAAUUACUAUACAUAUACACCUAAAGAAGAAAAAAAAAUAACACUCAUUCUUAAAGGUAUUAAUAAAAAUUAUAAUUGUGAUGAUAUUUUGCAUUGCUUAAAAACAAAAGAGAAUGAGAGUUUAAAGUUUGAAAAAGUUACCCAAUUAGCAACUAAAAGAUCAAUCACACAAAAUAUUAGUUUACCAUACUAUAUUGUACAGGCUUCGCCUAAUAGUUCAAUAAAUGCUAUUAAAAAUAUAAAAGAAAUUGAUAAUAGUAUUGUUACUUGGGAAAAUAUUAGAAGAAAACCUAUACAACAAUGUACAAGAUGCCAGAGAUUCUCUCACACAGCAUCCAACUGCCACAUGGACUAUAGGUGUGUUAAAUGUGGAGAGAGUCAUAAAAUUGGAGAGUGCAAAAUUACAAGCGAAGACGGAAGAGACAAAUUAUAUUGUACUCUGUGCAAACAGCAUGGUCAUCCAUCAUCAUACAAAAACUGCACUGAGUAUAAAAGGCGAAUGCAAAUUAAAGAAGAAAUGAAAAAUAGAAUAAAACAAAACAUUUCUCAGAGACACAUGAGUUAUAACAACUAUGUACAAACAGGUAUAUCUUAUUCUAAUGCUGUUAGAAGCAAUAAUAUAAAUAAUAAUAAUUAUAACAACUAUGUACAAACAGGUAUAUCUUAUUCUAAUGCUGCUAGAAGCAAUAAUGUAAAUAAUAAUAAUUUUGUUAGUAAAAGUUACAAUGAAAAUACUCGUAACAUUAACAAUAUAGAUAAUAAUAAUUCUAUUAAUAAAAUACUGGAAGAAUUGCGAAAUAUGCAACAAAAUUUUAAUAAAUUUGAAAAGCAAUUGAGUGAACAUUCCGUAAUGAUCGCUCAAAUUAUGAAUUGGUAUGGCAUAUUACCUAGUCAUUAG